GCACCUGUUGGCAAAUAUUCUCCUCUCUGGUUCCUCUGAGCUUGCUCUUGAUUUUUCUAUUCCAUGCUCUGCAGGGCUUCAAUGUGAUCUGAAUUGCAAGCGGAGCGCCUAAAGAUGCGAUUUUGGGAGCUCUGGUAUAUAUUUUGCUAGGCAAUGAUGUUCAAUUUGGAUGUGGUUUUACUAUUUUUGUGACCCAAAAAGGCGUCUUUUUUUGCCAGUUUGGGAUUGUUUUUGAGUUAUUUUUGGGUUGGUGUCAUUGAAUCCGUGAUUGUUAAUGGGUGGUUGUCUCCCUUGUUAAGAAGUUUUAUGGGAGUUGUUUGGACUGUGAUGGAGAUGGUUGUUGUUGUUCUUGUUGUUGUAUUGUCUUCAUUUUUGCUGAUCUUUUUAGCUUCAUGUUCCCAAAUUUUGGAGAUUUAGUGAUGGCUGCUUUCAGUUGCGUUCUUUUGGGGGAAAUUUGAUCACAAGAAGGUGGAAAGCUCCUUUUUUUUUUUUAUUGUUUUUGUUUGUGUAUUGGUGGUUGGGAUUUGAGGAUAUGAGGUUUCUAAGCAUCAUGGGGAAUUCAUUUGGGUGCUCUGCAUCCGGGGAGAGGCUGGUUUCAGCUGCCAGAGAUGGCGACCUUCAGGAAGCCAAGGCCCUCUUGGAAUACAAUCCCCGGCUUGCCCGGUAUUCCACCUUUGGUGUUCGGAAUUCGCCUUUGCAUUAUUCGGCUGCACAGGGCCACAAUGAGAUUGUCACCCUUUUGAUCGAGUCUGGUGUUGAUAUAAAUCUUCGAAAUAUUCGUGGUCAGACUGCUUUAAUGCAAGCAUGUCAAUAUGGUCACUGGGAGGUUGUUCAGACUCUAAUCCUUUUCAGAGCCAACAUUCACAGAAUGGAUUAUCUCAAUGGUGGAACCGCUAUCCACUUUGCAGCUCUAAAUGGUCACACUCGCUGUGUUCGCCUUCUCCUGGUUGACUAUGUGCCGAGCAUAUCUGAUUUUUGGAAAAUUAUGAGGAUGAGGUCAGGUCAAGAGACCUCUACAUCAGAAUUUGAUGAAGAUGCUCUAGUUAAGAUAGUUAACAAAAAGGCAGAUGGUGGCAUCACUGCCCUCCACAUGGCUGCGCUGAAUGGACAUGCUGAGACUGUUCACUUACUCUUGGAUCUUGGUGCUUCUGUCUCUGACGUCACAGUUGAAGAUGGGACUACUAUUGAUCUUAUAGGUGCUGCGAGCACGCCUCUCCAUUAUGCUGCUUACGGAGGAAAUGCAGUUUGCUGUCAAGUUCUUAUUGCUAGAGGAGCUAGCUUGACUGCCGAAAAUGCUAAUGGCUGGACUCCAGUGAUGGUUGCACGUUCAUGGCAUAGAAACUGGCUUGAGGGCAUAUUAACUAGACGGCCAGAAGGUCGAUUACAUGCCCUUCCAUCCCCAUAUCUCUCUAUUCCCCUUAUGAGCAUUGUGAAGAUUGCCAGAGAAUAUGGAUGGAGAAAUGCAAAUCUGUCACCGGCAGUCGAUCCUUGUGUUGUUUGCUUAGAGGGGAAAUGCACAGUUGCUGCCGGAGGUUGUGGUCAUGAGUUUUGCACUCGAUGUGCAUUAUACCUAUGUUCCACAAGCAGCAGCAUGGCCGUAUCCGGGCCACCAGGUUCCAUUGCUUGUCCUCUGUGUCGUCAUGCAAUUGUGACAUUUGCUAAGCUCCAAUCUUUGAGCCCGAUAAGGGAGUCACCGAGGCCAAGCCUUUCACUGUCCCUUUGUACUGCUUGUCCAUCAAUGGGCUCAGAAUCUGCAAGUUCAAUGGCAAACAAGUUAUGGAAGCCUGAUUUCCAUUGCACAAGGAUUUCGCCUUCGGCUUCUCUCCGGUCACUCAGCUUCCAGAAAUUCCCCUCAAUGCGUCUCAGCCCGACACUUUGCAUGGGAGCUGCAGAUACAACUACAUGUCUAAUUCGAUGCCCGAGAUCAAGGUUACGACGAUCAAUCUCUCAUGGCGAGAGCAGUCGAAGAUCAUGGCUGUUCCCUUUCAAUCAAUAUAUUACAUCGACCGGCAACAGUUAAAGUCUUUUUUGUAAUUUUGUUUACUUAUUGCCUUAUCCUGUUUAUGCGCUGAUCAUUUGCAAAAACAUCUUGUUUAAGUGAGUGAUGUUAUCUCCCUUGUGGAAUUUGUAAAUACAAUGUGCUUUUGUUUUGCUUACCUUUA